AUGCUCUUAGCGUGCUCCUCACGCAUCGGAGAAACCAGCACAGACCAGUGUUUGAAGCGCGAUGGAAAAUAUUUACUCAUCCAAUUAGCCAAGAUUGCAGCGGCUCGGAUGGGGGCGGCAGCUUCAAGGCGCGGGAGUGGUGUAAUAGCGGGGGAGGUGAACUACGCGCCAAUAUCGGCGCAUGGUUUCGCGGAACGGCCGGACGGUGACUGUAGGUUACCAUUAUCGCCGCCCGACGAUAGUCAGCCUCACGCGACCGAUGCACGC